AUGACUCCGAAGCCUGAGGAUGCCGCGCCUCUUCAGCUGACAGAUUCGAACGCGAGCGUUGUGCCCGAUCCUCCGCCGAAGCCGAACCCUUCGUCCGAUCCACGACUGGGUAUUACCGACUGCGAAAGCCCACCGAACGUCCCCGAGAACGACGAUGUCUUCAAGUUAUCGCCUAGAGCGGCGAUGAAACUUUUAAGUGGUGGGAUUGAGGCCCUCGUGAAAAUCACAGGCGAUAUUCCUCCAACACCACCACCUACAAGCCCGACACUACCCAAUAUGAGAGGCAUGGCGGCAGAGAAGGAACUCAUCCGCACCAGCUCACAGAAGAACUUGGCUCGCAUGCGCCAGGAGGCCGAGGCCGCCGCCGCUGCUCAAGCCUCCUCGCCUCGGCGACCACCAAUGAUGUCUCAGAUGAGCGGCUCUACUGGGUCAACACCACAAUUAAUAGACGGUGUCCAUCUGCGGCAUACACAAACACCAACCCCUCCACCACCGUCGAAAGCACCCGAACCACAUAUAAUAAUUGGAGAAAACUCACAGCCGAUUAACCUUCAGCAUAGCGCUAUUACACGCAAGUUCUACUCCAAGAAACCGCCACCCAUCGGUAUCGAUGAAUACCUCGCGCGCAUUCACCAAUACUGCCCAAUGAGCACCGCCGUGUACCUUGCUACCAGCUUGUACAUCCACCGUCUAGCCGUUGAUGAACGAGCAAUACCUGUGACCAGACGAAAUGCGCACCGUCUGGUUCUGGCGGGCCUUAGAGUGGCAAUGAAGGCGCUGGAGGAUCUUAGCUAUCCGCAUAGCAAGAUAGCCAAAGUUGGAGGCGUUAGUAACCUCGAGCUCGCACGGCUGGAGAUUAGUUUCUGUUUCCUGGCAAACUUUGAGCUGGUGGUGAGUGAGAAGACACUGAAGAAGCACUGGGAGGUAUUGAAGCAGGAACAGCCAUUGAGGCUUAUCCAUCCCAGCUUACCGAACCUUGCAUUGAACAGAAAGGCUAGGGAGCCUGGGCUUCCCGGACAGGAGAAUCAAUGGAAAUGA